AUGCAGCUGGCGUCGAGCGAAUGCAACGAUGAAAAAGUACGGGGCCAAUCGAGCAACGAGGCUUGCUGCCAGUGCGGUGGUGGGGUCGUUACGCCGACGCCCUUCUCCUAUCCCAACAGGCGCUGGUCCCUGGACUCGGACAUUGUCAUGAAGCCCGAGCCCCGCACGGCCCUGCGCUACACCGUGGACUCGAAGUGUGAGCUUGCGGCACAUAACCUGACCAUCGACAGCUCCACAGGAGGGUUUUGGGCAAUUUCGGGUGCUUUGUUGCAGAUUGUAGGGCUUCAGGUUCGGGGGUUGGGAUGUAGGCUUCAGAGCUGA